AUGGCUGACAACGUUCCACAACCCAUUCAAAAAAAAUUGGCGGAUGUUUUUGGAAAUGAACCAGAUAACUUCGCCAGGGCUCUGUUUUUCCUGCUUUAUUGCGAAAAUACAAGGAAAAAAACAAAUAUCCGAUCUCUUCAAGCGCUCCUUGGCGAUGAUAGGUUGUUUAAAAGUCAAGCACUGCGUCUUGUGAAAGAAACCAAGGAAGAAGACAAGGAUUCAGAGUUAAGACAAAAUAUGCAUGAAAUAUGGAGCAAUUACAUGAGAGAUGACAGAGAAUUUGUAACAAAUAGUGAUCAGAAAUGGAAUCGUGUAAAACCUCGCACCAGCAUUGCAUGUACUAAGCAAGCUUGCUUCCGAAACGCGGUCAAACGUCUUUCUAAACCACAGUUUAACGUCUUACAGACACAUCUUCAAAAUUUAAGCGCUUCAGAUAGACUGCAAAAUGCAGUUGCAAUAGCGAUUGGCGGAAGCUCUGUUGUGAUAGUUGGCUUGGUUGCUUGUACCCUUGCUUUUGGUGUCAUAAAAAAUAUAAAGCGUUGGUGGAAAGAUGAAAUUACAGGAAUUAGAUGCGUUAAAAAUAUAAUGGAUUUUGGCUUAUCAGUUGCAGCUGGAGUUAUUGGUGGCAUAGGAGGCGAAUUGGUUGGUUUGGGCAUUGGUGGUGCGAUCGCUGGCCCUGUCGGUGGAGUUAUUGGGGCUAUAGCAGGGGCUGUCGUAGGUUUUGUAUAUGCUUCAAAACAAGCUCACGAGUUGGCCGACCGUUUAACACAAUGGGCCUUCGGUCUCCCGAAAUCUGAGGCUCUGGAAAAUGCGUACCGUUUUCUGGGAUUGCCUUUAUCAAGCUCUAACGGGGAAAUAAACACAAAAUAUCGAAUGCUUGCUUUGCAGUAUCAUCCUGACAAAGGUGGCGACAAGAACAAAUGGACACAACUUCAGUACUCAUUGGCUUUGAUACGCGAAGCUAGGGGAGAAACCUAA